AUGGCGGCGGCAGAAGCAGCGGGGGCAGCGGGGGCAGCGGGGGCAGCGGGGGCAGCGGGGGCAGCGGGCGCAGCGGGCGCAGCGGGCGCAGCGGGCGCAGCGGGCGCAGCGGGCGCAGCGGGCGCAGCGGGCGCAGCCAGAGGUCGAGGCUCCGGGCCAGGGUGGCGGCGCCAUCUUGUGUCCGGGGCCUGGGGGGAGCCUGGGGAAGGGGCCCCGGCCAACGCAGGGGACUACGGGAACGGGCUGGAGGCGGAGGAGCUAGAUCCUAAGAACUUGCUGCUAGAGCCCCAGGACUUGCUGCUAGAGCCCGAGGAAUUUUUGCUACAGCUACAGCUACAGCUAGAGCUAGAAUCGGAGCCCGAGACCGAGGAGGAGCCGCCCCGGCCCUGUGCUCCCCCAGGAGUCCCCGGCAGUCAAGAGGAGGAGGAAGAGCGAGGCCUGGUUCAGGGCAACCCGGGGCACGGCGCUAUAGAGGACCCGGAGCUGGAGGCCAUCAAAGUCCGAGUAAGGGAGAUGGAGGAAGAGGCAGAGAAAUUGAAGGAGCUUCAGAAGGAGGUGGAGAAACAGGUGAACAGGAGCCCACCGCCAGGCAAUGCUGGCCCCGGGAUCAUGUCCAUUGAGGAGAAGAUGGAGGCUGAUGCCCGGUCCAUCUAUGUGGGCAAUGUUGACUAUGGUGCCACAGCAGAAGAGCUGGAGGCACACUUCCAUGGUUGUGGUUCAGUUCAUCGAGUGACCAUCCUUUGGGACAAGUUCAGUGGCCGUCCUAAAGGGUUUGCAUAUAUAGAAUUUUCAGAUAAAGCUUCGGUGAGGACGUCAAUGGCCUUGGACGAUUCUCUUUUCAGAGGACAACAGAUCAAAGUGACACCAAAACGGACCAAUCGGCCGGGGAUCAGCACCACAGAUCGCGGUUUUCCGCGUGCUCGCUAUCAUCAUGCUAGAGCUACUAACUACAGUAGUUCACACUCUGGAUUCUAUAGUGGCUUCAACAGCAGACCCCGGGGAAGAGUCUACAGGGCCCGGGCUAGAGCGACGUCAUGGUAUUCCCCUUACUAA